GAUUUGUAUUCUGAAGUUUAAUAUCCACUUUAAAUGCGAAGGCUGUGAGCAGAAAGUAAAGAAACUGCUGCAGAAAAUCGAUGACAGUUAUUACAGUAUCGGCUUACAUAGCCACUGGCCACUACUCUCAACUUAUCAGUAUUGAUCUUCUGGUUCCAAUUCCUUAACACUUGAGAACUGAUGUGUGUGGGGGUCUGUUGUUGGUUGUCUUUGGCUUCUUAGAAAUUGAGAACUUGAAAAAGGUAGACCUAGAGGAGAAAGUUAAAGAAAACUUACAAGCAACAUCGUAUAUCAAGGAAACACACAGUUUAACUGUAGAUAUGUGGGGGACUACACAUUUAGGUGGGGCUAUCUACAUCCUUGAGUGUGCUUUCAUUUCAUACGAAAAAAUUAUGCUUCUUUCAUGGAAUGGAAUUUGAGUGCAAAAGAAUUUUGGGUGUUAAAUGGUAGGUAUGGAUAGUAAUAGUACUUUUGUUCGUCCUACUUUCAGUAGUUAGUUAUUUCUUCUCUUAUUAUGUUUCACCUCAUGACUCCUUAGCAUUUUGUAGAUAUUCACAUCAUCUCCUUCCAGACUCUGCCUUGGUUAGUUUUGCUUCAUUUGACUUGGGAGUUGGGUUGUGGUAGUUGAUUAUUGUUCUUGGUUUUUACACUUUUGUAGCAUCAUCUAUCACCACAAUCCACAUGAAAUAGAUAUCCCACAUAGAAACUUCUAAUAUGAUUUUGGCGGUCUUAAUAUUUUUAUUGAAGCAUAUAAAGAGAACCCAAAUAGAGCAAAUUAGCGUUAGACAAUCUUCCUUCUAUUAAGAAAAAUUGUCAACUAUUUUAUUGGUUGCAGAAUCGAACCUACAGUGGAAGUUUCUGCUGCUACCCCAAUUGCAAGGUCAGAGCAUUAUGCUGCUAAUAAUUUUAGCUGCUCUAAGAACAAGUUUGACUUUAAGGUUUGCUACAACCAAUGUGUAAUAGUUUGUAAUUAUUACAAACUUAGAGUAGAUAAUUCAUCUUUGAGAAGCUUGCUGGCAAAUGGCUAUAACCAAAAGUUGCCCUUCAAGUUAAAUGAAGAUAUCAAUCCUACAAAGGCAACACAUCUUAGAGUGACUCUUUCAGAACUCAAAGGUGCACAAAAAGAAUGUCAGCAGCUUAUCAAACAAGCUUUGGUAGAGCCAACAAAAUCAGAAUAGGCUUGCACUGCAUUAUAUAUAAAGAGAAAUAUAUAUAGAAAUAUAUUAUCUCAGCUCUGAUAAACAAGGGACUAAUCAGUCUGUGUAUCGAAUCGCAGCCGUUCACGAUCCUCGGGUCACGAACCGUCCGAAAAUCUCAACCAUUCAUUUGCUUCAAAAGAACCUUCUGUACCCCAUUACAUGUUUGAAGCUUCAAGGUGAUUUCUUCGCGCUCAACUGGUUGCUGAAGCUUCACCAUCUCGUCACGUUUGAUUUCACUAUCAGCUUCUUCUUCUUCAACCUCUCAGAUUGGGAAAUGUUGCUGGUAAAGAAAAAGAAGAAGAUAGUGUCUUGCUCUUCUUCAUCAUCUGAGAAUUAUGACUGGGCCAAUUUAGAAGUACGUAGGUUAUCUUCAUUUUAUAAGUCCCCAGAAUCAGUGAAGAAGCUUAGGUCUCAGUUGUCCUUAUCAUAUUCAAAAGAGAAUGCAGGAAAAAUCAUUGUAGAGGCAUGUCGAAUGAGCGAGCCUGUUUGUUUCAAUCCACCACCAGGGGCUUUAAAGGAGUAUUUUUACAUGUAUGAGACUUUUUUUAGCAGAUUGAACAUUAAACUCCCUUUCUCGGACUUCGAAUGUGAUGUUCUAAGAACUCUGAAUGUUGCUCCUACCCAGUUGCAUCCUAAUAGUUGGGCGUACAUUCGCGCAUUCAUCCUGCUAUGCCGAAACUAUAAGAUAAACCCCUCUGCCUGUCUGUUCUUUUGCUUCUUUAAAUGGAAGUUGAGUCGUAAAGGGUGGAUUUCCCUGAAUGGGAUUCCACGGAAAUGUAUGUUUUCCCUCUUUACCUCAUCCUAUAGACGUUUCAAAACCAAGUACUUUCGUGUUAAAAACAGACAAGAUUUCCCUGAAUUGAUAAGAGACGCUAGCGGGGGCUAUAAGUUUCCUCUAUACUGGUCAUCCAACCCCUCGUUGAUUAGUGUGACUGACCGAUCUAGCCUUACGCCUGUCGAACGAAUUGAUGCAAGCUUCCUUGAGAAGUUUCCUAUACUCAGUAGCUCUGAUAUAAUCAAUUUGGAAAACAAACCAGAUGCCUUGCGACAGUAUUUAGCCAAGAUGUCUUCGAUGACCGAUGCAGACCUUUUGGCUUAUUACACCAAGAAGAACAAAGCUACCAAAGGAAAAGAUCAGGCCCCUGGUAGCCAUGAGCAGACCGAACAAUCUGAGUCCACUGUAUGGGAAAUUCUUACCAAAAAGAGGAAAAGGACAUCUGAAAAUGUUGCUGAAGUUUCUGCCUCUAAUCUCUCGACUCAUAAGUCAUCUAUCAAGAGUUGUGAAAUUGAACACUGGCAGUUAGUUCUCCAUGAGUGUGAGAACAAGGGUGUUGGUGAGGCAUUAACCCUUUGGGACAAACAAUUCCCAAUACCUGACAUAAUUGAUACCUGCCUCACCAAGAGUAAGGAUGUGGAGAAAGUGAAAAAGCUGGGCCCUCAACAACUUAGCCGAGCUUUGGAAACGUACACUGUACAAUCUGCCUUCCUUGCUCGAUCUUUGGAGAAGGAAUUGGAACAACAUGAGAAAGAUUUUGAAACUUUGAAAAGAAGCAAUGGAGAACUAAAGGGUCAGCUGGAUAAGGCAAAGAAGUCCGAGAAGGAUUUAGACGACUUAAGAAAGAAGUUAGAUACUCUGGAACUUGAGAAUAUAGAAAAGGAUUUAAAGAUUAAGGAGUUGGAAAAAGAGAAAAAGAAUUUGGUUACUUCUUUAGAGAUUGAUCACGCUGUACUUAAAGUGACUUGUGAAAAUCAUGAGGCUGAAGUGGAAGAAUUGAAGAGUGAGGUGGCUUUAAAGUAUGCUUCUGGGUUUGAUAAAGCUAUUAUGCAGGUCCGUUUCCUAUAUCCUAACUCAAAUUUGGAGGAGACCGGACCUUUUAAAGUUUUGCAAGAUGGAAAGUUGGUCGAUCAGUUUCCUAAUUCUAACUAGUUAUGUAUGGAUAUCAGAAUUAUCCUUUUGUAUCGUGUGUUAAGAAGUAACUUAUUGAACCUGCUAUUUUAGCAAUGUCAGAUCCUUUUUCAUGAUUGUGAACUUUAUGUUCUUCUACUUUGGAUGUCUAUGCAAAUGAAAUGUCUGAAUUUAA